UUUUCAAGCUUCGUAAACAACUUAGGUUUUCCUCCACCACGCGAAGAAGUCCCGCCAGUUGUCAGAGCGGAUAUGACGUAUGAUAAAUAGAAGUUUGCAGUCUUCCUGAAGAUGGGUGUUGUAGUUUAGAAAGGUGGAGGUCAUCGUGGAAGCACAAGUUAAACAUGUCUUUAAAAAACUACAUCUCCCAUAUUCACGACAGCCACACGGCAAACAUGGCAGCCUCCUGUGUAGCAGCAAGUGAGCUGCUCAGUAAUAUAAAACAAAUACCAAUAUUGUAUCUAAAGGCCUCGUGUUUAAACAAACGAAUAAGCACUUCAAGCUCACAAUGCUACAGUCAACCCCAGCUAAAGUUAAAGAGUCUUCCUCAGCAGUUGGUUGGUGUGGUUGGCUUGGAAAUUCAUGCCCAGAUUAACUCCAACAGCAAGCUGUUCUCUGGCUCUGUGGUUCGCUUCUCAGCUCCUCCCAACUCCUUGGUUUCGUUCUUUGAUGCAUCUUUACCCGGUACAUUACCUGUCCUGAACAAACGGUGUGUCGAAGCAGCUGUAAUGACAAGUCUGGCUCUCAGCUGUACCAUUAAUGAGAAGUCAUUUUUUGACAGAAAACACUACUUUUACGCUGAUCUCCCCGCUGGAUACCAGAUCACUCAGCAACGUCGGCCAAUUGCAGUGGAUGGCAUGCUGACUUACAGUCUACUCAAAGGAAAGAAGACGAACCAAGUGAUCAGACAAAACGUGCGCAUCAAACAGAUUCAGCUGGAACAGGACAGCGGCAAGAGUCUGCAUGAUGAUGUCCGCAGCCAGACACUCAUUGACCUCAACAGAGCAGGUGUAGGUCUAAUGGAGCUGGUGAUGGAACCAGACAUGAGUUGUGGAGAAGAGGCUGCUGCAGCUGUCAGAGAGCUUCAGCUCAUCCUGCAAGCCCUGGGUACCUGUCAAGCCAACAUGUCUGAGGGCCAGUUAAGAGUGGAUGCCAACGUGUCUGUACACAGACCAGGUGAGCCACUGGGCAUCAGGACCGAAGUAAAGAACAUCAACAGCAUGAGAUAUCUGGCCAGGGCUAUCGACUUUGAGAUCCAGAGACAGAUUGAUAUUGUGCAGAGAGGUGGAACGGUGCAAAACGAGACCAGAGCGUAUGAUUCCAAAUCAGGGGAGACUGUUCCCAUGAGGGACAAGGAGGGUCUUCAGGACUACAGGUUUAUGCCAGAACCCAACCUGCCCCCUCUGAUUGUGUAUGAGGAUAACGCAUCGCUGCCCACUGGCAUUGACGCAUGCCAGGUGGUGGUGGUACAGAAGAUAAAGGAGGGGCUGCCAGAGUUACCCAGUGUCAAAAGAAACAGGCUGGUGCAGGCGUACAGCAUCCUGCCAGAGCACAGUUUCACUCUGGUGAAUGAAGAUGGACUGACGGAAUUCUUUGAGUUGGUGGUGAAGGCGACUAAAAGGGAGCCCCGAAAGGUGGUUGGCUGGGUGAUAAAUGAGUUGUUGGGUCACCUCAAGCAACACGACAUGAGUGUAAGCCAGAGCCCAAUCUCUCCUGCUGCCUUGGCUGAGCUGCUGGAGCUGCAGGAAACGGGACACAUCUCCUCUUCAGUUGCCAAGCAGGUGUUUCAGGAGAUGCUAAGGUCAUCAGGCAAAACGGCCCCACAGAUUAUCAAGGAACAGAAUUUGAGGCUCAUUAGUGAUGCUGCAAAGCUGGACAGCAUCUGCCAGAUGGUGGUGGAUUCACAUCCCGAUGAGGUUCAUGCCAUCAGAAAUGGGAACAAGAAAGUUCUGAACAAGCUGAUGGGACUGGUUCAGAAGGAAACCAAAGGGAGAGCUGACCCAGUUCUUGUGAGGGAGAUUCUGCAACAGAAGACUUCAUGAAGGGCAGACUGUCCUGAAAGAGUCUAAUCUUGCUCAUUGUGUCCUUCAGGAUACCAAAGAGUGAACUUGUAUAUCUUAAUGGAAAUUAUGAUCAUAUGGUGACAUGGACUAUUUAUGGCUGGGCUGGAAAAAAAUUAUACUUAUUGAAAUUUUGUAAAUAUAUGGAUAAUGUUUCACUGGACAACAACCUAGACAAUCUUUAUUUAUUAACAGAGUAUGCGAUUUAAAAAAGUAAAGUUUUUCUGUCUGCUGCAGGUUGCUUUGCCUUUAAGUUUAUUUUUUGCCAGGGAACAGAAUCACUCAUGACCUCCAAGAUGCAGAAAUCGUUUGAUCUCAUCAGUCAAUUAGACAUAAUGUACAGUUUAAUAAAAAUUAUACCAUAAAGACCUGAGAUAGAGUUCAAGGUUUGUUUCCUCUGAAAGGAAUAGCAUUUAAUUUAAUAUUACAUUUCUAAUUUGUCAUGUUGGUAUUAGGUUGGCAGAUGCCCUAGUAUUUUACUAGAAUCCUGCCCAGUUCAUGCAUCCAGGUGGCCAAGUGAUCAGUGAGCGCCCUCUUGUGGUAGAAGCAAGUUAUAAGCAUCAAAUCAAAUGCUUAGUUAUGCAUCCUCCGAGGCUUUUCAGAUUUCUGGGAGUUAAUUUUUAAACAUUGUGAAAAUAACGUGAAUUAAAUGAUAGAAGGAAACGAUAUUCAUCAUCAGAAAUUUUCUUUAUUAUAAAAGGCAUGCCUUUCUGAA